AACGCGACGAGAUUCUGGAGGGCGGGGUGGGGUGAGCGCUCUUCGCCGUGGUUAGGGACUGCUGUGGAGGUGUCAUGGCCGCUGCUGCGGAGCGUAGUUCCCCUAGCAGCAGCGAGAGGAACCCAGAGCGAAGCUCCAGCCCCCUCCUCACCCGCGAGGUCCUCUGCGAAAUCUUCCGCUCCUUGCAUACCUUGACCGGACAGCUUAACCUCCGAGAUGAUGUGGUGAAAAUUACAAUCGAUUGGAACAGGCUCCAGAGCCUCUCAGCAUCCCAGCCUGCAUUGCUCCUUACUGCACUUGAACAACACGUUUUGUAUUUACAGCCUUUUUUAGCAAAACUUCAGUCUUUAAUUAAAGAGAAUUCAACUGCUGUUGAUGAGCUAAGACAGACAGAACCAGAGACCAAGAGUGAACUAAGUACCAAGCAUCCAAUUGGGGACCUACAAGAUGAAGGAAAGCUCAAGGAUUGUGACAUAGGAGACGUGAAAAGAACACAAAUCCAUUUUGAUCCAGAAGUAGUUCAAAUAAAGGCUGGAAAAGCAGAAAUUGACAGACGAAUAUCUGCAUUUAUUGAAAGAAAACAAGCUGAAAUCAAUGAGAACAACGUCAGGGAAUUUUGCAAUGUUAUUGAUUGUAAUCAAGAAAAUAGCUGUGCAAGAACUGAUGCCGUAUUUACUCCUUAUCCUGGAUUUAAAAGUCAUGUGAAGGUUUCUAGAGUUGUGAAUACCUAUGGACCACAGACUAGACCUGAAGGAAUUGCAGGGUCAGGUCACAAACCUGCGGGCGUGGUGCGAGACUGUGGUAAUCAGGCUGUGGAAGAGCGACUCCAGAACAUUGAGGCUCACUUGCGAUUGCAGACAGGUGGCCCAGUACCAAGAGAUAUUUAUCAGAGGAUUAAAAAGCUUGAAGAUAAAAUCCUUGAAUUGGAGGGGAUCUCUCCUGAAUACUUUCAGUCUGUAAACUUUUCUGGAAAAAGAAGAAAAGUGCAACCACCACAACAGAACUAUUCGCUGGCUGAACUGGAUGAGAAAAUUAGUGCCCUCAAACAAGCACUGCUCAGAAAAUCAAGAGAAGCAGAAUCCAUGGCAACCCACCACCUUCCGUGAGAACUGUUCCCAUCACAUUGCUUUCCUUUAAGAUGCAUGUGCGUGUAACUUACAUAUGUGUAAUUAUUUGCAGGGUAUUUAUCAACAUAAACUUUUCUGUAAAGUCAAGGUUUAUUUUUGCAUGAGUCUGGCUCGCAGCAAAUAACUAAGCAUUCCAGAGUUUGGAAAGGAUGUAAACCUUGAGCAUCGAUAGCACUGUUGGAAUUUAUUUCCUUCUGUUUUAAAGGAGGCAUUUUGGAUAUUGAAAAACUUAAUUUGAAAGAACUUUUGAUGGACCACCAGAGAUUAUUAUUUUGAUAGUGGUACUUAAAAAGACUUUAUAUUUUAACACUGAUGAACCAGUUUUUUUAGUUUAUAUUAGUACAUUGUACAUAGUGGACAUUUAACAAGAAUUUAUUGACAAUAAAUAAAAAUUGACAUGCAUGUGUAUAA